CGAGGUUUUCCGAGAAUUUACACAUCGAUUAAACAAGAGUACGCAAGAAUCGUCUUGUUUCAACUUCAAGUCAAGGCGAAAGACAUAUGAUAUCGCAUUUAGCUUCGUCAUCAUUUAUGAUUGUACAUGCUAUGAAGUUAGAUUCUUGGCCGUUUAUGACAACUUGCAUUGAUGCCAUUUGUUGACAAUGAGUGAAUCACCCCAUAGGAAACUUCGACAAUCUACGUUGCAGUUUAAGCCAAAACCAAGUUCACCAAAGAAAAGGAAAAUGGAACGGGAAAACCACGAACAAGAAGAGAAGAGGAAGAAGGCUGCCGAUGCUGCAGAGAAGAGAGCGGCAAAUUCGGCAGCUUCUCCUGAGCAAAGUGAUGACAAGAAGCCUCAAACUUCGAAGUACUUUGACAAUAAGGAAGGCACAGAACCAAAAGAAGAUAAAGAAAUCAAACCCACAGAAAAGAAAGCUGGUGAAGGAAUUUCUGAAACGGCUGGGAGUUCGGUGGAUCCCCAAAAGGAGAAGCCUGACGAGGAAGCAUCAACCCAGCCGUACAAGAUGUCCCCGGAAGAACCAGGAGACUCGCAGAAGACAGAAGCAUCUGAUGACUCCCUGGAUGGAGUGAUGCAGAUUGAUAUCCCAAACAAGAAACCCAGCAUGCUGCAGCGAGAAAGCAGCUGGAGGGGCAUUAAGCUGAAAGACCUGAAGACAACUCCCAACUGUUUAGGUUCGGUGAAACCCCUCAGCAAGAAGGACCAUACAGUGCUCAUCAAACUGCCAUACAUCUUCAGUGACAAAGAUACAUGUCCUCCAUCGCCCUAUCCAGCAGGCUUCUUGGACAAAUGGGAUCAGGAUCAUGUGCGCAUGCCUUGUUCACCGCAGAAUGAAUACCCAGUUGAAACCAAGACCAGCAAAACAACACUUCGUCGACGCUGGGAACUCAUUGGAGAAGCUUUAUCAGGAAAAAUCAGUGGUCCUUUUGAGUUGGAGGAUGCUAUACUUACAUACAACCAGAGGUAUUCCAAGAAGUGGGAUUUCACAGCUAUGAAACAAUACUUUAUAGACUAUAUGAGGAAAGAAGAACGUAAUGACUUUUUUGCCAACACUCUUCCCAAGAUGGUAAAACUAGCAUUACAACUACCUUUGCUGUGCACAAUGCCUAUUCCACUGCUGAAGCAAGGCAAGCCACAUUCUAUAACCAUGAGUCAACAGCAAGUAGCGUGUCUUCUUGCCAAUGCCUUCUUCUGUACAUUUCCCCGCCGGAAUGCAAGACAGCGGCAUGCAGAGUACUCAAAUUACCCAGAGAUCAACUUUAACAUAUUGUUCCAGGGCCACCCAAGUCGGAGGAAAAUGGAGAAACUACGGUGUGUCAUCCACUACUUUACACGAGUUACAGACAAAGUGCCCCUAGGUACAGUCACAUUCCAGCGGAAAGUCAUUGCCCCUGGAAGAUUUCCCAAGUGGGAUGAGCUCGGAACAGAGUUUAGCAAUCUGCAUGUGUCUUCAGCUGGAACCAUAGAGGAUGAUGGGAAGGGGAUGUUACAGGUGGAUUUCGCCAACAAGUACAUUGGGGGCGGAGUGCUGGGGAUGGGGGCAGUACAGGAGGAGAUCCGCUUCCUCAUCUGCCCCGAGAUGAUAAUCACACGACUCUUCACUGAGGUGCUGGAUAAGAAUGAGAGUCUUAUCAUGCUAGGUUGUGAACAGUUCAGCAAGUACGAGGGCUAUGCAGACUCCUUCACCUGGGAUGGAGACUUCCAAGAUCAAACUCCCAGGGACGUAAAUGGCCGUCUUCAUACAGAGGUGGUUGCUAUAGAUGCGUUGGUUAUCCGAGACAGGAAGAAACAGUUCCAGAAGUGGUGUGUGCAGAGAGAACUCAACAAGGCGUAUGUGGGAUUCCACUGUGGGGAGGAGUCCGCCAAAAACCUGUCAGCAGUCUGUACCGGCAACUGGGGGUGUGGCGCCUUUGGAGGGGACAAGAGUCUGAAAGCUCUCAUCCAAAUGAUUGCCGCAUCCGUUGCCAAGCGAGAUGUCUGCUACUUCACAUUUGAUGACGAUCAGCUGACGGACCAGCUGUACAAAAUACAUGCCUUCAUCAAGAAUGAAAACGGGUUGGAAGUUGGCAAUGUGAUGCAGCUCAUUGAUCAGUACAGCCGCAAUGUUAUGCAGAAGAUAUGGUGGAACGCUAAACCAAAGAAGAACCUGUUUGAAUACAUAGUGGCAGCAUUUGAAGGCACCCUUGAUUCAGACACUACAGGGGAUGACUUCAGUGAGGGAAGUCUUGAAGCCCAAGGAGACCUUGACGACAGUAACCAUGGCAACGAAGAAAAAAUGGAGGUUGAUGAAAAGGGAAUUGAGCCUGAUUACAAGGCAAAUACACCAUAAGUGACUGGCAUCAAAUGGAGUUUACGUCAGCCAGAUUGAAUGAAGCUGUGAUAAACAUAAACUUGUGAAGACAUGUAUCAUAAUCACCAAGGGAGUCAGUCGGCCAUCUUAUCCAACCCUGACCAUAUUUGUAGACUCCUGUGAUGAGUGUUUGCGGUUGUCUGGCAAUGUAUCAACCAUAACUACAGAAGUAUAAGCAGUGUGUGGAAUAGUCUCAAAAUAUUGCUGUCCAGUUUCAAAUUUCACUCGCUUAAAAAAGUGGCAUUCUUUUUUUUUUAACCAGAAAUUUGAUUCUGUGAAGGUAUCUAUAAAAUAAAUCCAAAUUGCAA